GAUUUACUUUAUUUCUUUUGUGGGGUGGGGUUCAAGCCUCAGAUCAGGGCCUCAGGGGGAAGAUCAAUAGUAAAAAUUGAUUUUUUUUUUUCUCUUUAUUUUGUGGGGUAAUUUUUUAAGAAUAAAAUCAUCUUUUAAAGUUUUGAGCUUGGAGAGAAUAAGUUCAAAGAAGAGACAAGCUGACAUCAAAAGAUCAGAAACCCAGAUGUGGAAAAUUACAAGCAAGGAUUGAUUCGAACCUUCUCUUACAUGACAUAAAAAGUAUCCUAUGUCCUGCAACACUGCAACUCUCUUUGCUUGUAAUUUGUGAACAAGUGAACAUAUGUUAACUUUUCUAGUCCUCAUAUUCAUUCAAAUCAGCUAUAUAACAGAUUCUUGUUUGCUUGCCUCAGCUAUAGUAUAGAAAAGAUGGCAACUUUAGUUGAGCCUCCUAACAAAAUUAAGCCAAAGGGAAAGCAUUAUUAUACAAUAUGGCAAACAUUGUUCGAGAUUGAUACCAAGUACAUUCCAAUCAAGCCAAUUGGUCGAGGUGCAUAUGGCGUGGUUUGCUCUUCCAUCAAUAGGGAGACUAAUGAGAAGGUGGCAAUCAAGAAGAUUGGCAAUAUCUUUGAUAACUGUAUUGAUGCGCUGAGGACUUUGAGAGAGGUGAAGCUGCUAAGGCAUAUCCGGCACGAGAAUGUCAUUGCUUUGAAGGAUGUGAUGAUGCCAAUCCAGAGGACGAGCUUUAAGGAUGUUUACUUGGUCUAUGAACUCAUGGAUACAGAUCUUCACCAAAUUAUUAAGUCUUCGCAGCCACUCUCCAAUGAUCAUUGCAAAUAUUUCUUGUUUCAGCUGCUUCGAGGUCUCAAAUACCUUCAUUCUGCGAAUAUUCUGCACCGGGACUUGAAACCUGGAAAUCUGCUGGUUAAUGCCAAUUGUGAUUUGAAGAUAUGUGAUUUUGGCCUUGCGCGAACCAAUGGAGCUGAGGGCCAGUUCAUGACAGAGUAUGUUGUCACCCGCUGGUAUCGGGCUCCAGAGCUCCUGCUUUGCUGUGAAAACUAUGGAACCUCUAUUGAUGUAUGGUCAGUGGGAUGCAUUUUUGCUGAGAUUCUUGGAAGAAAGCCAAUCUUCCCAGGAAGUGAGUGCCUCAACCAGCUGAAACUGAUCAUAAGUGUACUUGGAAGCCAGCAAGAGUCUGAUCUUGCAUUUAUUGAUAACCAGAAGGCCAGGAGGUUUAUCAGAUCACUGCCGUAUACAAGGGGUAGACCCUUUGCUCAACUAUUUCCACAAGCCGACCCAUUAGCAAUUGAUUUGUUGCAAAAGAUGCUAGUAUUUGAUCCAACUAAGAGAAUUACUGUCUUAGAAGCACUCCAGCAUCCGUAUAUGGCUGGCCUGUAUGAUCCAAGACUUAACCCUCCUGCUCAAGUUCCAGUCAAUCUUGACAUAGACGAAAACUGGGGCGAAGAGAUGAUUAGAGAAAUGAUGUGGAAUGAGAUGCUUCAGUAUCAUCCUGAAGCUGCUUCUGCCAAUGUUUGAAGGUUAUUCUUCCAAGGCUUCUAGACAUUUUUUGUGUCUAGAAGUAGUUCUGUUUUUCCAUAGAGAAAAAUGUAAUCUUAAGGACUUAGCUGCCAAAUUUUGUACUUGCAUAAAAAGAUUGUUUAUUUUGUUAGAUGUCCCCAUAAGGUAAAAUGUCAUCUUGUAACUGAAGUUGUAAAUAUCCGUGCUUACUGUUCUAGUCAUGUGGUAAAUUUCUGCUUGCAAUGUUUCUUGUUCUUUAGCUGUUUCCCUGAACUAUAGAGGACUGCCUCCGGAUAUAUCUGAUUAAGUACUUUAGCUUUUCUUAGAUAACUUCAAGCUAUUCUGUAUAACAUGGAAGUGAAUUACUACCUGGUUUUCAAUGGCAGUAUCAUUUUAUGUAACCAAAAUGCUCUUGAUUGUUUACCAA